GGCCAUGCCUACCGAGCUGUUGCACCCCGAUCCCGGCAAGCCCACGGAGCAGCGGGUGGAGCACAUCCUGGGGCUGCUGCAGGCCUACUUCCGCCGGUUCCCCAGCACGCCCGUGUCCUACUUCGAGUUCGUGGUGGACCCGCACUCGUUCGCGCGCACCGUGGAGAACAUGUUCCAUGUUUCCUUCAUCAUAAGAGACGGCUUUGCAAGAAUGGCGCUGGACCAAGACGGGCUGCCGGUGCUAGAGCCCGUAGACCCCAGCCAGAUGGGUGAACACAUGCCCAGCAUCUACAGCAGGAAGCAGGGGGUUAUAACCUUGACUUUGCAGGACUGGAAGGAUAUCGUGGCCACU